GGGAGAGCGAGGAGGAGGAGGAGGAGGAGGCGGCCGUUAUCUUCAAGUGUUCUGAAGCAGAGAAGUAAUUUCCUAACACAGUAAAAAUGGACAAAGAAGAAAAGAAGACGAUUAAUCAAGGCCAAGAGGAUGAAAUGGAGAUUUAUGGGUACAAUCUGAGUCGUUGGAAGCUGCUUGUAGUUGCAUUUGGAGUGGUCUGUACUGGUGGCUUCCUCCUCCUCCUCCUCUACUGGAUGCCUGAAUGGCGUGUAAAAGCCACCUGCCUCCGAGCGGCCCUCAAAGACUGUGAGGUGGUGCUGCUGAGGACCACGGAUGAAUUCAGGAUAUGGUUUUGUGCAAAAGUUCGCUUUCUUUCUCUAGAAAACCACUCAUUUUCAAGCCCUAAAACAGUAACUAAAAAAGUGUCCAAUGGCCACGCUGCUCACUUCCAUUUCCCUGAGGACCUGCCUCAAGAGGACCAGUGUGACCUUGCCCAGCCCCGAGAGAUUCCUUAUUUUACGCACCAUAGUGUGAGGUACUUCUGGAAUGACUCCCUCCAGAAUUUUGAUGUGUUAAAGGGUCUGGAUGAAGGUGUUUCUUGUACUUCAAUUUAUGAACAGCACAGCUCAGGGCUGGCGAAGGAGACACAUGCCUACAGAAAGCUGAUGUAUGGAAUGAAUGAGAUCGCUGUCAAAGUGCCUUCUGUCCUUAAACUUCUGGUUAAAGAGGUUCUCAAUCCCUUCUACGUUUUCCAGCUGUUCAGUGUGAUCCUGUGGAGCACAGAUGAAUAUUACUACUAUGCCCUAGCCAUCGUGAUCAUGUCUGUGAUUUCCAUUGUGAGCUCUUUAUACACCAUUAGGAAGCAAUACAUCAUGUUGCACGAUAUGGUGGCCGCGCACAGCACCGUGAGAGUUUCUGUCUGCAGAGUCGGUGGAGAAACUGAAGAGAUUUUCUCCACUGACCUUGUACCUGGAGACAUCAUGGUCAUCCCGAUGAAUGGAACAGUCAUGCCUUGUGAUGCGGUCCUCAUUAGUGGUACCUGCAUUGUAAAUGAGAGCAUGCUUACAGGUGAAAGCGUUCCUGUGACAAAGACUAAUUUGCCAAACCCUUCAGUGGAUGUGAAAGGAGUGGCAGAUGAAUUGUACAGCCCAGACCUCCAUAAGCGCCAUACUUUGUUUUGUGGGACCACUGUCAUUCAGACUCGCUUCUACACCGGCGAACUUGUGAAAGCCAUUGUGGUCAGGACAGGAUUUAGUACUUCUAAAGGCCAGCUUGUACGUUCCAUACUGUAUCCCAAACCAACGGAUUUCAAACUCUACAGAGAUGCCUACAUGUUUCUGCUCUGUCUUGUAGUGGUGGCUGGCAUUGGAUUUAUUUACACCAUCGUCCAUAGCAUACUGAAUAAGGUCCCAGCUGGUGUCAUAGUCAUCGAGUCUCUGGAUAUCAUCACGAUUACUGUGCCUCCUGCACUUCCGGCUGCAAUGACUGCUGGCAUUGUGUAUGCACAAAGGAGACUGAAAAAAAUUGGCAUCUUUUGCAUUAGCCCUCAGCGGAUAAACAUCUGUGGACAGCUCAACCUGGUGUGUUUUGACAAGACUGGAACACUUACUGAAGAUGGCUUAGACCUUUGGGGCAUUCAGAGAGCAGAGAAUGCACAUUUCCAGAUGCCGGAGGAGAAAGCGUGCAGCGAGAGCCUGGUGAAAUCGCAUUUUGUCGCUUGCAUGGCCACCUGCCAUUCCCUGACAAAAAUUGAAGGGCAGCUUUCUGGUGAUCCACUUGAUUUGAAGAUGUUUGAAGCUAUUGGAUGGAUUCUAGAAGAAGCGACUGAAGAAGAGACGGCCCUUCACAAUCGGAUCAUGCCCACUGUUGUCCGUCCUCCUAAACAGCUUCUUCCUGAACCCAAACCCGCAGCAAACCAGUCAAUGGAGCUUUUCGAGCUUUCCGCCAACUAUGAGAUAGGAAUUGUUCGGCAGUUCCCGUUUUCUUCUGCCUUGCAACGAAUGAGUGUGGUGGCCCGAAUUCUAGGGGACAAAAAGAUGGAUGCGUACAUGAAGGGGGCCCCUGAGGUCAUCGCUGGCCUCUGUAAACCAGAGACGGUUCCCAGUGACUUUGAAAAAGUUUUGGAAGACUAUACGAAGCAGGGCUUCCGUGUGAUCGCUCUGGCACACCGAAAACUGGAAGCCAAGCUGACGUGGCACAAGAUCCAGAACAUCAACAGAGAUGCCAUUGAAAGCAACAUGGAUUUUAUGGGAUUAAUUAUAAUGCAGAACAAAUUAAAACAAGAAACCCCUGCUGUACUUGAAGAUUUGCGUAAAGCCAACAUUCGUACGGUCAUGGUCACAGGUGACAACAUGUUAACUGCUAUCUCCGUGGCCAGAGACUGUGGAAUGAUUCUACCUCAGGAUAAAGUGAUCAUUGCGGAUGGACUACCUCCCAAGGACGGACAAGUGGCCAAAAUCAACUGGCAUUAUGCAGACACUCUAACCACAAAAUGCACUAGCUCUCCAGAGAUCGACUCUGAGGAUAUCCCAAUUAAGUUGGCCCACGACAGCCUAGAGGAUCUUCAGGUGGCCCCCUAUCAUUUUGCAAUGAAUGGAAAGUCAUUUUCUGUGAUCCUGGAGCAUUUUCAGGACCUGGUGCCCAAGUUGGUGUUGCAUGGCACCGUGUUCGCGCGCAUGGCCCCUGAUCAGAAGACACAGCUGGUCGAAGCACUGCAGAACGUGGAUUACUACGUGGGAAUGUGCGGCGACGGUGCCAAUGAUUGUGGGGCCUUGAAGAGGGCCCAUGGAGGCAUAUCCCUGUCUGAGCUCGAGGCUUCAGUGGCAUCCCCCUUCACCUCAAGGACCCCUAGUAUUGCUUGUGUGCCAAACCUCAUCAGGGAAGGCCGGGCAGCCUUGAUAACGUCCUUCUGUGUAUUUAAAUUCAUGGCCCUGUACAGUAUCAUCCAGUAUUGUAGCGUCACUUUGCUGUACUCGAUCCUGAGCAAUUUAGGAGAUUUCCAGUUCCUUUUUAUUGAUCUGGCCAUCAUCUUGGUAGUGGUAUUUACAAUGAGUUUAAAUCCUGCCUGGAAGGAACUCGUCGCCCAAAGACCACCCUCAGGCCUCAUCUCUGGGGCUCUUCUCUUCUCAGUUCUGUCUCAGAUCAUCAUUUCCAUCGGCUUCCAGUGUUUUGGCUUUUUUUGGGUUAGACAGCAGCCUUGGUAUGAACAUUGGACUCCACAUUCAGAUGCAUGUAACCUGUCCAGAAGCUUCUCUUCCAACUCAUCCCACUCUAGCAAUGAGACUGAACAUGAUGAGCACAACAUCAAAAAUUAUGAAAAUACCACCGUGUUUUUCAUCUCCUGCUUCCAGUACCUCAUCGUGGCAAUCGCUUUUUCUAAAGGAAAGCCGUUCAGGCAGCCCUGCUACAAGAAUGGUUUCUUUGUUGUGUCUGUGAUUAUUUUGUAUAUCUUCAUAUUUUUCAUCAUGUUGCAUCCAGUUGCCUACAUCGACCAGGUUCUUGAGAUUGUUUGUGUUCCGUAUCAGUGGCGUAUAACAAUGCUCAUCAUCAUUCUCGUCAAUGCACUCGUCUCUAUCUUGGCAGAGAGCUUCCUCCUGGACACGGUCCUUUGGAAGGUUGUAUUCAAUCGAGACAAACAAGGAGAAUAUCGCCUCACCACCACACAGCCGCCACAGGAGUCACUGGAUCGUUGGGGAAGGUGCUGUAUAUCAUCAGUACUUGGCUGUAGAAAGAAGCUUCCCAAGGCCAAGUACAUGCAUCUGGCCCAGGAGCUGCUGGUUGACCCCGAGUGGCCACCAAAGCCUAGCACCACCACAGAAGCUAAGGCCUUAGUGAAGGAGAAUGGAUCCUGUCAAGUCAUCACUGUCACGUAACAGUGACUCUCAGUGGCUUGCCCUAGAGCAGUGUUGGGGGCGGGGGGGUGGACGACUUCCUGGCAACAUGUGCAGAACUGGGCCCCUUGGAUUGGACCUGGUAAUUAGAUUGGAGCCUGGGUGAAAGGGGGGAGUUUCAAAGUCCUGAAAUCUCAGCCAGUGACUUUAAAUUAGGCCUGGGUGGGAGGCACUGGCCUGGUUCUUAGGCCUGGUCAUCCUUGCUGUCCCAUCCUGGAUGCUGAGGUGAUGGCGGGGAGGGGGCGGGGGGGGGGGGCCGGAGGCGGUGUACAUUGCUGAGGCUGUUGGCCCUGCCUCUGGAGGUCAGCGUGCUCCUGAAUGCUUCCCUGACUUAGUGGGGCCUCUUGCAAAGUCAUGUCUAUUUAAACAUUGGCUCAUCUCAGAGGUGCCUCGUUUUUUUCUGCCUCCCAAGGCAGCCUUUAAUUUGAUGGUCCUCAGAGCUAUUAAAUUGAUCUGGCCUGUGGCAUCUGCCUGCAGCAGCAUCAGCCAGAGCAGCUGCUUCCAUGCUUCUCUCCCUGACCGCAUUUGAGCAAGCGUUUUGUGUCAAUGAGGCCUUUGUUCUGCAUCUUUCCUUCCUUUUAACUGUUUGUCAAACAAUGAGCCAAUGAGGACUUGAGACAGUUAGGUCCUAAUCUUUUUUUAUAUUAUGUCUUUGACUUGCAAGGUUAGCCCCUAACUCACCUGACCUGGCAGUUCUUGUAGCCACGUACUUGGCAGCUGGUGUGUUGUGACCAUGAGGUGGCAGCAGUGGUCAUGAAGAAGGAGAAGGGCUGGAUUGGGGGUGUGAGGGAGAGUGAUCCCCCAGACAUGGUUCUUAGGGAGCAGAGGACCUUUGCGUUGCGCCCAUUCUUGAUGGAGUGUGUCUAGGCCCCUGGAUGGGUCAGAUCAUGCUCUAAUGGAAGGUGAGGUCAGCCAUGAAUCAGGAGCGUGUGGCUUUCAAAAAGCCUUGUGAGGUCCCUCUUUUCCCCAGGGUAGCAGAGCCAGAUGGUUCUCAUUCCAACCUUUCCUUAGGGUGUAAAGACCUGAAGGUUGUUGGUGAAGGAGAGAAGAUGGCAUGGCCCUCCCUGACUCACUGUUGCUGAUGUGACCGCUGGUGAGACUCCCCCUACCAUUAGGGAGGCUUUCCAUAGAAAAGAGAUAAUGGAAUAGGAAUACAUUUCUAAUUACUUUUGUUUAAAGAUUUGUUCCAUGGAAUGAUUCUGCGAAGCUAUCUAUGCAUCUUAGACCUUUGGAGCUGUGAUUUUUAACUCUUUGUUUUCAUUUCCGUUGCUUUAAUCCUUUCAGAACUCGCUUGCUCAAGGUACCUGCCUGCUCAAGGUACCCACCAUGCACAGGCAUUACCUAAAGAGUAGGUCCUGCCUGCUUUCCCCAAUUGGUCCUUUAUUUCAUGGUUCACAUUUAAUUACAUGAGGAUGGCUCAGAAGCACCUUCAAAAUUCUAAUUAUCCAAUCACAUUUGACAGCUUUGAAAGCGAGAGCCUAUCAGCUAUUUUUGAAGCCCCCCUUUUUAACAUGCUACAGCUUAGAAGGUUUUCUAUCGCAUCUGUCCAUAUUGCUUUGGCUCUGUGGAAGAAGCUUGGGAAGAAGUUAGCUUUGACUGUGUGAUGUGUGGUGGUUUGUAGGUUGUAACUGCUGGUUUCCAGAAUGUGGAAGAAUGUUUGUUGUGAAUUCAGGGGAGCCCUACUAUGUGCCCUAGAUAGAAGAUGUCCUUUCUACUGUGUGGGUCGCUAUUACAUAGAAAUGUUGAUUCUGAAUUUCAUAUUAAAUUAUUUGAGUGUAUACAUACCUAAAAUUUAAAAUCUGUACAUGUCUUAUUUUGAUGUAAUAAGAUUUUAUAAAUAUUGUGGAUUUAAAUUUUAUUUAUGCACAUACUGAAGGGACUGGUCUGUCCAAGAAAGUAAUUGUUAAAUAAUGCUAUGUAACUUUUUUACUUUUUUAAUAAAUAACCAGAUUUUUAAAGUGUGUCCCUCAGGGUUGUUGAAAGUUUCCUUAUCCCUCUUCCCGUUUGCACCUCCCCCCCAAAUAGAAUUAAUGAUAACUGUAUGGUUUCUAUUCUCUAGUGCUGUCUGCUGCGAAAACGAUGCUGCAAAUAAUGUUCGAAUCAAAGUGGCCGAGCCACGUACAAAGGAAAUGAUGCUUCGUGUUCCCUUUUAAGUCUUUCAAUUAGAACAGUCUUUCCAAGACACUUUUGAUUUGAACAAAAUUGUUCCCGCUUUCAUUCUCUUUAGUUUUCUUUCCCCUUAUUUAUAGAGUGCUCUGAAUAGUUAAAGGUGACAUGGUAAAUAAUAAUUUAAGACGUUUGUAUACUAUGUUCCCCAGACCAUCAUUUGAUGCAGUGUCCAGACAGGAUUAGAAUUCCAACUUUGGAAAACAUUCUAGGAUUUUGUGCAUGCACUGUUGACUUGUAACCUAGAUUUUGUAUAUUUUGGGGGGAGGGAGGGUGGUUUUAAACACUUUUUAAAAUUCUGGAUGUUAAUUUUGUACAGUUUAUGGGCAUUUACAACUAUUUUUAAUGUACUAGAAUUUGAUAAUUAUGUGCACAUGAAAUUAAUAGAAAUAAAGUUAUUUCCUGUUAGAUUACAGAAUUCCCUGAAAACUUGGCUUAAACAAGAAAGUUGGUUUAUAUCAGAGAAAUGAUACUGCAUCUUUAUAUUUUAAAAUAUGUAUUGCUGCUCUAGAAUGGUACCCUGUUGUCAAAAAGGCACACAUACAGACUUGUAAAUAGCCUGCUGAGAUCUUUGGAUUAAAGCGAUUCGAAAUUAAAAAAACUGAAAUGAAUAAAAUAUAUUUUCUUUUUUUUUUCCUGUGA